CAGAUAAUUGGUGGACCACCUUCUUGCAAGGCUUCCUAGCUUACAUUUCCUCUAUCUCUCUCCCCCCCUCUCUCUCUCUAUCCUUCUCUCCUGCGUCUUCCCGUUUGAUUAACCAGAAGCUAACUACUCCCACCCUUAUUCAAGGAACCUUCUAGGGCAGUCAGAUUGGCAGAACAAAAACACAAAACAUGGUACCCAUGUAUCUUUUCCUCUUUCUGUACUCUCAAUGUUUUGAUAGUGUUCAACCCAAUCUCUGAGCCUUCUCCUUCCUCCCCAGCCCCUUGAUCUAUCUCUCUUGGGACCCAGAGAUCUCCGGAGGAAAUUACAAAUAAAAAGAGACAGACACAAGCCACAUCAGGUUAAGAAGAGAAGUACCAGAAUAGUUGUUCCUAAAAGUCUCAUCUCUAAGAACUUAAACAGUUCUCGAGUGAAAUGGAGUUAGCCCAUGGAAGAGGAGACAGGUAUCACUACUGUAGGAGAGAAGACCAAGAGGGGGCAUCCAAGAACCCUUCCUUCACUCCCUCCUCCUCUUCCUCCUCCUCCUUCUCCCUUACUGGGCUCCCUCAUGCCGAGGCCGCUGCCCGUCCGAUCGAGACCGAGCACAUGUUCGACAAGGUGGUGACGCCGAGCGACGUCGGGAAGCUGAACCGUCUCGUGAUCCCAAAGCAGUACGCGGAGAAGUACUUCCCUCUAGACCCAUCCAUGGCCGACAAGGGCCUAUCACUGUGCUUUGAGGACCGCACCGGGAAGCCAUGGCCCUUCCGUUACUCCUACUGGAACAGCAGCCAGAGCUAUGUCAUGACCAAGGGAUGGAGCCGCUUCGUCAAGGACAAGCGGCUCGAUGCAGGCGACACCGUCUCCUUCAGCCGUGGUGUCGGUGAGGCCAGCCGUGGCCGCCUCUUCAUCGACUGGCGGCGCCGCCACAACUCCCCCCACCACCACCUCCUGCCGCUCCCCAACCCGGCGGCGAUGCAAUUACCCUUCACUACCACCAUCACUCCAUUCGCCGGGCUCUUCGCCCCUCCGGUACCUGCCAUGUGGAAUUCUCCAAGCCCCAGCAUUGGUGGUGAUGGCAGCUCGUACGUCUAUUUUCGAUCGGUUUGCCCACCGCCGCAUGUCCGGGUGCAAGUCGGGGAUGGUGGAGUGGUGGGGGUGCCGAUGGUUUUGGACUCAGUGCCGGUCAUCCAUGGCGCAGCCGAGACCAAGCGACUCCGGCUCUUUGGUGUCAACCUGGAGUGCUCCGAGCCGGAGGACCUCAGCGACAACCGAAGGCUGCCUCUGAUGCAGCCUAAGCCUCCUCCAUCUCCUCUCCAGUGGAGAAUUGGGACUGUUGGGGCUCUGGAGUCUACUGUAGUGUCCACAGGAAACAAGCUUCAGUGAUCCAUGGAUCUCCACUAAUAAUUCAGAGGCAAGGAAGAAAGGAGGAGAAGAAAGAAGUUUGAUAUUCUUACUCUUAUUAUUUACUCCACCUUGUGCUUACUGGAAUGAAAGGUUUCAGGAUUUUGUCAUUUCCCUUAUCUGUUUUCAUUAUCUUUUGGAGCAUAAAGAAUAAUAAUUUGAGCAUUGCGAAAGCGUUUGGGUGAGAUAGGGAGUGAAGAGGGAUGUAUGUGAACUAUAGUAUUUCUAUAUAUACUUCUGUUCCUUUCGUAUU